UACGUGUUAUGUCAACGCUUGUGAUGCAUUAUAAUAAGCAAGAUAUAAUUCUCUUUACAAUGAUUAUCCAUGGGAUAUUUAUAUUGGCUUUAUUCCCAAGGUGCACUGCACAAUGCUCCGGACUCUAUGGAGACGGAUGUUGUGCAGGAUUUCGCUUGAAUAGUGAAACAGGCAAAUGCAUUGCAUGCCCAACUGGUUUCCACGGAUUCAACUGCACGAUAGCUUGUAGGUUCCCCAGUUUCGGAGAACGUUGCCAAAGGUUAUGCCAAUGUUCCGAACAAAACUGUCACAAUGAACGUGGAUGCAUAUUUACUAUAGAAAAUAGGACUAAUGAAACAAAAGAGUCUGACACCGAAAGUGAAAGUCCCAUGCUUGAUGUUUCAAUUUUGCUGUCUGCAGUUGCUAUGGUGAUAAUAUGCUGCUACACGGGAAGGAAAAUAUUCAUAAAGAUUUUCAAACGCCAGAGAAGUGCAGACAUCGGCGAGGAAAGGGACCAACCAGAAACGGAAGGACAGGUGGACACGAUUAACAUACCAGACUAUCAAUCAUUGCGAGAAAUGAGCUUGAGUCAGAUCCACCGCACAUCCAUUGUUGGUAGUGUUCAGGGAACAAUUUCAUCAGAUGGCUCCGACUUUAGCUAUAUUGAUGUUGACAUCAAAAGGAGUGUUCGACGAUAUUACCAAAAUGCUUCAACUAGGCACCAUAAUACAAAUGCAGAAGGUAUAAUUACUGAGGAAGGCACGGAGAUCUCCCAAGCAGAUAUCAUACUUACCCCACCAAGAUUGGUUUAUUCGAAUCCAUCAGUAGGUAGACUGCAAUACGAAAAUCAAGAAGAAGAAUCGUAUUUUGUACUUCAACCAGACUCUUUUUCAUCUAGAGGAACGCAAUAAUAUGAAUUGUAUCAUACACAUCUUACUGUAAGUGUUGUAGGACUACACAUCAAAACAAAAAUAUCUAUGAAAGCUGAAAAUAACAAACGGUGAUCAAUCCCAUAGCUCCUAUAAGCAAUACAAAAUAGAGAGUUGGGCAAACACGGACUCCUGGAUAUACCUGAGGUGGGAUCAGGUGUCUAGGAGGAGUAAGCAUCCCUUUUUGACCGGUCACACCCGCCGUGAGCCAUAUAUCUUGAUCAGGUAAACUGAUUUAUCCGUAGUCACAAUAAGUGUGCUAAAAACGAUCUAACAAUCGAUGUGAAACAAUUCAGACAGCAUUUGGUCCAAUGAUAGCUUCAGAUAGUAAAUCAAGUGUAUAAUCUCCAUGUGGUGUCUAUUCAGUGAGAUUAUGCUUGUUAGAAUUGUAUGAAUUGGUAUUGUACCGAUCGAUAUGGCACUGAUGUAUUGCCUUGGGCAUGCGGGUUAUAAUAGGUCCUCAGUAGUCCAUGAUUGUCGUAAUAGGCGACUAAAUGAGGCGGUUCUUCGGAUAAGAUCGCAAAAACCGAUGCCCCGUGCCACAGUAGGUGUAGCUCGAUAAAGAUUCCUCCAUGCUCAAAGGCUGUGAAUGCCGAUCAUAUGCCUAAACUACGGCAGUGGUGACGUCUUCACAUCAGUGAAAUAUUCUCUAGCAGCACGUUAAACAAUACAUAAUCAAUAAAUCAAUUGUACUGAUGUUAAGUGGACACCUUCCACAUAUAGCAUGCAAUGUCCUUGUUCCUUCAUCUAGAGUUUGCAUUAUGAAAGACGAAGAUAACGAACAGUGAUUGAUCUCAUAACUCCUAUAAGCAAUACAAAAUAGAGAGUCGGGCAAACACGGACCCCUGGACACACCAGAGGUGGGAUCAGGUGCCUGACACUUGGACACACCAGAGGUGGGAUCAGGUGCCUGACACUUGGACACACCAGAGGUGGGAUCAGGUGCCUGACCCUUGGACACACCAGAGGUGGGAUCAGGUGUCUGACCCCUAGACACACCAGAGGAGGGGUCAGGUGUCUGACCCCUAGACACACCAGAGGAUGGGUCAGGUGCCUGACCCUUGGACACACCAGAAGUGGGAUCAGGUGCCUGGGAGGAGUAAAAUUUUGUUGGAGACACUCUAUACAAACAUCACACAGCUGUUUAUGAACAACGUCUUAUAUUUCCAACAAUAUGCUUUGUUAUUAACUUCCUUUUUUAUAAUUCUAACCCAAACUUCACAUUUAAAGAUGUUUGCAUCAAACUCCUUAAAAGAGAAUUAAUAAAAUGGAUUCUAGU